GCUGGAUGGGGCUCAUAGCAACCUGAUCUGGUCGAAGACGUUUAGCAGGAUGUCCUGCCCUGGAAUGUGGUCAAGCAACUUGGACAAUGCCUUAUUUACAAGGCAUUGUCCAAGUGGUGGACUGAGAGAGGGCAUCAAGCUGGUUUUUAGUGUUGAAUUAUGACAACACCAGUCUGACCUAUCAACCCCCAAAUUAGCAUCCUGACAGUGAAGUAAAGAUUUGGCAGACAAGCUGCUAAGCUGACUGGCAGUCAGUCACUGUACACUAUAAAAGUCCAUUUCCAUAUGGUUAGGUUCUUGCAAUGUAUCCCUUCUUGGAGUGUAUAUGAAGAUUCCUCCUUUGGGUGAGUACAUCCCCCAAAGUUAGUCCUUAAGGCUGAGUGAAAGAGAUUUUGCCCAUGGUCAUUGGCAUGGGUGAAUAACAUCAAUCUCUGCUUUAAUAACUAUUUAUUUCUGCUAGUUUUAAUAGAGUUGCUUUAAUAUAGUUGCUUUGAUAGAGUGCACUGUACCAUCCCAUCCUAGUAGUUUUAUCUUCUAUAGUGUGUAGUAAAUAAUUCUGAUUAAGAUCUCUUUGUCUAAUAAUUUAUCAUACUAUAUAAUUCAUUUUUAUAUAAAUAGACCUGGUUUGCCAUCAUUUAUCCUACAGGACAAAGUUGUACAAAAGUUCAAUCACACCUCUAUAAUUUCUUAAACCACUGACACUCUGAGGCUAAGACUGGAUUCAGCUGCACCUUGGCUCCUCUCUGAGCAGGAAUUUAUAAAGCAAGGGGGUCCUUUCUGCACCUCAUGGCUCAAUGUGAGGGCUUCCCUAGUAAAUUUUGUCUGAAACUCCCACUCAUGACAAAAAGCCACUGCUUAUUGCAGGGGGCUGGACUAGAUGACUAACUUUAAAGGCCCCUUUGAACCAAUUAUUCUAUGAUUCACUGGUGAUGUGUGAACUAUAAAUAUCCCAGGCAGGUGAAAAGAAACACCCUGUCAGGUCAUGGUUACUGGGUGAUCUUUUAUUAUGGCCUUGUUUUUCCUAGUCCUGGUAUUAGCAAGGCCCUAUCUUUAUAGUUCUUACCUUGACUUUAUUUAGGUAACACAAAGUACAGGGCCCUCUCUGUACAUGUACACCCUCUUUUUAGAGGAGAGAGCAAAGCAGCAUAAAUAAGGAACUUUAUAUAUGAGCAUGGCUUAAACUAGGGAGGGAGGGAGGCACUAAGUGGUCAAAUCCACUAAAUGGGCCUGUCUAACCUGCUACGUUUAGCCUCAAAAAACAAGGUCAACAGAGUGCAACAGCUGAACAACUGACCUGCACCAAGAUAGAUUCAAGUAUUUUGGUGCAUCACACAUGAUCCUAUCUGGUUUGCAAGGUGGUGGUCCAACACAGACAUCAAUUUCCAGUGCUGAAAUGUUUGGUCCAUCCAGGCUCACAGAGAUCACUGAUGAGCCACUGUAAUGGAUGUCUUAGAGAUGGCAGGGUGAGUGAUACAGCAUUUCCACUUUGCACAGCACCUGUUUAUGUACAAAUGUCAAAUGUGUAUUUGGCAAACAAAGGCACACUUUGCAUUGUGCCACAAAUUCAGCUUGUAAAGCUUUAAAAGAGUAAGUAAAGUUUAUGGAUCUCUACAAAGACUAAUGUAAGCAUGCAGUAAGAGUACCUUUGACUUUUUAUUACAGUGGGGUAUCACUUUCAUGCAAAAUAUUACAGUGUUAUCUCUGAGCUUUUUGCAGUAUUUCUUAGUACAAGUGGGAGACUUGGGCAAAGAUUAUGUAUUUUCUUAGAGCCAAAUACAGAAGCAGGUUUGAAUUCCUGUAUGCCAUUUACAAUGAGGGAUUAAGAAUGAAGAUGUAAAUUUCUGCUAAUCUUGUUUAUCAGGACUGACUUGUAUUACAUACAAAGUAAUCACUAUGCAGCUUUGGAAUUAUUUUGACAAUAUGAAGGGACGUUUCUGCUCUAUCUAGAUUUUUAACUAUUUUUAUUGGGAGGUAUGAAUGUAUCACAAAUUAUUUUGUUUACACACCAUUUCACAGAACAUUUCUUUUUAACACAAUUCAGUUCAAAGCUUGAUCCAUUCAUAUGAGAAGUCAUGGGAUCAAGGCCUAAUCAGGAAAUAUUUAAGAGACUAAAGCAGAAGACUUAUUUUUGAAAAUUAAAAACUUAAUAACAAGACAUAGGAAUAUAUAGUUACUGCCCAUGUCUUUCUGAAUCAAAACCUACCAAAACCCAUUUUCUUAAUCACUGCUUGUAUAGCUGUGCAAGAAUAAUGAUUUUUUUUCCCAGGGCAGCAGGACAUUGCUUUGAUAUUCUGCUCACAUAUAAAGCUGUUAAUUUUAGAGUAAUUAGAUAGAGGGGAGCAUGACAGUAAUCUUCAUACCCCAAAAGGCAGUUGCAAAGGAAAAGAAAUAAUCUCUUUUCACCAGGGCUAAGUGCAGAGAGGGUAAGAAACAUGCUGGUACUGCAUCACUAGACAAAGCCACUCUUGCCAGCAUUUGCAGUGCUGUAGUAACCAAUGAACCUGAUGAUCUUAAAUGUCUUUUACAACUUAAAUGAUUCUGUGAUCCUAAAAUGCCUUUAUGGCACAAGCCUGUGUCAUGCCUGCAGGUUGUGUGUUACAGCCUGGAUCCCUACCCUCUUCCAAAUGGUUUGUCUUUUAGCUGGGAACUUUCUGGGGUAAUGAACUCUGGAACAGAGUGUGUUAGGAGAUUAUAAUGUGUUACCUCAUUGCAGGUUGCUAAGAACAAAUAAGAGGAACUUUGGCUGACGAAGCUGAUUCUUACAUGGCUGAGAAUUGAUAUGAAUGGCCUUUACUGGGCCUGCCUGUCAGUACAGGCUUUGCCAGAUGUAAAACAGGGAACUUACUCUGAGCAGGUUGGGGGAUGCCACAGAAACCCUUACCACUUCUGCCCUUGCAGCCACCCAGCUUUCCUAGGCUGGUUUUCAGAUUAUCAGCAGUGACUGUGACAGCGCAUUUGUCUGACUGCAGACAGAUACCUCCAACAGAUGGUGACGGGCCAGCCAGAGGAGAUUUCUAGGUAUUGCUUCCUUCCUUUAAGGAAACUUGCCCAAGUAGACCUAACGUGUCAUAGCAAAACACUAUCCCAUCGCUGCUGAGGGCAUUUUAGUCAAAAUACUAUUUUCCAGAUAAAUAUUACAUAUAAAAUCGAGAUGUAAAAGGCAGCAAAUCACAUACAAAGUAUUUCAAUUUAUAUCUAAAGUGACUUACAGGAUUGGGAUAAAAUUAAUUUGUUUGCUGAUGGAUUAGUUAAUUUGUUGUAUUUUUUCCUGUUCCCUCACUUCCUGUAAUAAAAACAAAUGCCAACUAUUUCAUUUCACAGAAUCAAUUAGGUUGGAAAAGACCUCUGAGACAGAGUCCAGUCUAUGACCAAACACCAAGUGGACUGGACCAUGACACUGAGUGCCACAUCCAGUCUUUCCUUAAACACCUCCAGGAAUGUUGACUUCAUCACCCCCCAGGGUAGCUCACUCGAAUCUAAUCACCCUUUCUGUAAAAAAACUCUUCCUAAUGUCCAAUCUAAACCUCCCCUGGCGCAGCUUGAGGCCUAUUUUCUCUGGUCCUGUUGCCUGGGAGAAGAGGCCGACCCCCAGCUGGCUACACCCUCCUUUCAGGUGGUUGUAUAGAGCGGUAAGGUCACUGCUGAGCCUCCUUUUCUCCAGGAUAAACACCCACAGCCCCCUCAGCCGCUCUCCAUCGGACUUGUGCUCCAGACGCUUCACCAGCUCCCUUGCCUUUCACUGGACUCCAUUUCAUCCGUUUGUUUUGCCGCUGACUUCCCGUUUGAUUUGCUGGGUUUUUUGUCCUCCCACCGUUCCCUUGGUUACUUCCCGAGAUAGAAAACAAACGUCUGCAAUUUAAUUUCUCCCUUUCGCGUUACCGCCAGCCCGACUCUGUCCCUCAGCCCCCGGGCAGGGGCAGCCGGGCAGGGGUUCCGCACGCCGCCGGCGAGGCCGCGGCCGGCCCGGUGACAUCACCGGAAAGGCGGGUCACCCCCGGCCAAUGGGCCGCCAGACGGCCGCGGAGAAGCGCGGAGGACCCGGAAGGUUUCGCAGUCGGAGCGUUGCUGCCCCGCGGAGAGACCCCGCUCCUGCCGCCGCCCGCCCCUGCGUGCCCGAUGGACUCGGUGGGAGUCGCUGCCGCCGCUCCCGACGCCGGGCCGGGCCCCGCCUGGCAGAGCAAGUGUCCAUGGGGAGCCCCUAGCACAACAUCAAUAUCAUGUUCUCUUGCUGAUGUAAUGAGUGAACAACUGGCAAAAGAAUUGCAGCUGGAAGAAGAAAAUGCUGCUUUUCCUGAAGUGGUUGCUGAUGCUGAAGGACCAUUUAUUACAGGAGAAAAUAUUGACACUUCUAGUGAUCUAAUGCUAGCUCAGAUGCUGCAGAUGGAAUUUGACAGGGAAUACGAUGCGCAGCUUCGGCGUGAAGAGAAGAAGAUCAAUGGAGAUAGCAAAGUCUCUAUAUCCUUUGAAAAUUAUCGCAAGGUGCAUCCCUAUGACAGUGACAGCUCAGAGGAUGAGGUUGAUUGGCAGGAUACCCGUCAUGAUCCAUACAGAGCAGAUAAACCUACUACUACACCAAGAAGGGGUUUCAUAGGAAAAGGAAAAGACAUUACUACAAAACAUGAUGAAGUGGUAUGUGGAAGAAAAAACACUGCUCGCAUGGAAAAUUUUGCACCUGAAUUCCAAGUUGGGGAUGGAAUUGGGAUGGACUUAAAGCUGUCAAAUCAAGUCUUCAAUGCCUUAAAACAGCAUGCAUACUCUGAGGAACGUCGAAGUGCAAGGCUCCAUGAGAAGAAGGAGCACUCCACUGCUGAGAAAGCAGUGGAUCCUAAAACACGUUUACUUCUGUACAAGAUGGUCAAUUCUGGGAUGCUGGAGACCAUCACAGGCUGCAUCAGCACGGGAAAAGAAUCUGUUGUUUUUCAUGCCUAUGGAGGAAAUGCAACUGAAGAUAAAGUUAUUCCUCCCGAGUGUGCCAUCAAAGUGUUUAAAACAACUCUUAAUGAAUUCAAGAACCGUGACAAAUACAUUAAGGAUGACUACAGGUUUAAAGACCGCUUCAGUAAAUUGAAUCCACGAAAAAUUAUUCGUAUGUGGGCUGAGAAAGAAAUGCAUAACUUAACAAGAAUGCAAAAUGCAGGAAUUCCUUGUCCUCAAGUGGUUAUCCUUAAGAAACACGUCUUGGUUAUGUCUUUCAUUGGCCAAGAUCAAGUCCCAGCUCCUAAACUAAAGGAUGUAACACUUAGUAGUGAAGAUAUGAAAAAGGCCUACUAUCAGAUUCUUAAUAUGAUGCAGCAGUUGUAUAGGGAGUGCAACCUGGUCCAUGCAGAUCUGAGUGAAUACAACAUGCUUUGGCAUGAUGGGAAGGUCUGGCUCAUUGAUGUCAGUCAGUCUGUGGAGCCAACCCAUCCUCAUGGACUUGAGUUUUUGUUCAGAGACUGUAGGAAUGUUUCACAGUUCUUCCAGAAAGGAGGCGUGGCAGAAGCACUUAAUGAGCGUGAACUCUUCAACGCUGUCUCAGGUUUAAAUAUUACAGCUGACAAUGAAGUAGACUUCCAAGCAGAGAUUGAAGCUUUGGAGAAGAUGAAUGAAGAUCACGUGCAGAAUCAUGGAAAGAAACUGUCAACGUUUUCUAGUGAUGGAGACCCACCUAUAUAUGAUGAAUAGCACUGAGUUUGUAGCUACUGACGAAACAAAACACAAAUUUACUGCUUCUAACUACAUUGGUGCAGUGGGAAAUGUCAACUGCCAAUGUCAAGAGAGUGGUUGGCUGGGAAUACCAAAAUGGAAAACACAGCAAGCAUAUGGUGAUGCCUCAGUGGUUUGCUUUUUUUUUUUAACUUGUCCCACACAUCAGGCUGGCACUGUGAGAAUGAACAGUCACUACCACUUUGAACAGACUGACAACUUCACCAAUUGCCCAGUUACACUAGAAUAAUGUAGCUCAGAUGGUCAUAUUUUGCAUGAUUUAGAGCUUACAUAUCUUUUAGUCUAAAAAAAAAUUUAAAAAUCAUUUAUAUUGUCUGAAGUAUCUAGUGGGAAAGCAUACUAGAAGAGUCCCUCUCUUUUUUUUCCUAAUGCAACUUGGAAAACUAAUGAAACAUUGUUUAUGGACACAGUGUUAUUCAUCCACCUCCACCAAGGGCAAAAUGAAAAGGCAAACUAUGCACUGCAAUCACAUGAAAAUAUUAAUUUAGCAAAGUAAUAUAUUUAUAAAUGCAGAAGUCUGGACUUUUAAAUUUGAAGUACAGGGAAUGUGGCUCUAAUUAUCUCUGUAAAUACUGUUGGGUAUUGUAUGGGAAGCAUAUUUGAAAUCCAACCAGCAGAGGACUUUCUGGGUGACAUGCCAGGAAAUCCUGAGUCAAUGACGUAUAAUAAAGAGUCAGUUCAGGUAGCUUCACUCUUAAUACACAAAUGGUUCCAAGAACUUGGUGUAAGCCAAAACCAAAACUAUAAUAAUCCUGUCUAUACCUAGAAUAUCAGUUUGGAGCAUCAAAUGUUCUUACCCUAAACAUAAUCACAGACAAACCUGAGAAUUCUUUUUGCACCUGUAAGCAAAAAAAGUUUAGAAAUAAUGAUGACUGAUACUGGUUUCCACAGUCUAUUUAUUCUUAAUGUCAGUUUUUUUUUUUUUUUGUUUUUUUUUUUGUUUUUUUUUUUUUUGUGAGCAUCUUCUAAAAAUCUACUGAUGUUUCUCUCCAAAAAACACAUUUAAAGAUGAACUGAUGUGGUGGGAUAGUUUGGAAUUAAGGAAUUCUAAUCAACUUCUUUUUAAGUGAUUUCUGGUUUCUAGUUUCUGAUGCUGCUCUUUCUCAAGCAGGAUAUAGUGAUGCUACAUGUGACCUCACAGUGUGCUGUGAAAGUGACUUUUUAAUCUCUUUUUGUUGGAAAACUGGUGGUGAAGUAAAAAUUUAAGAUCA